GGCGGGGCCGUGCCCGCCGCCCGCCCGCCAUGAGCAGCGGGCAGGCCGCGGAGGGUGCCCCCGGCGCCUCCCCCGCGGUCUCGGCGGUGCCCAGGCUGCUGUCUGCCCUCUUCUACGGGACGUGCUCCUUCCUCAUCGUGCUGGUCAACAAGGCCCUGCUCAGCGCGUACAGCUUCCCAUCACCAAUGUUUCUGGGAAUUGGACAGAUGGCAGCUACUAUACUUAUCUUGUAUAUAUCAAAAUUAAAUAAGAUUAUUCACUUUCCUGACUUUGACAAAAGUAUACCUGUGAAGUUGUUUCCUCUGCCUCUGAUUUAUGUUGGAAACCACAUAAGUGGAUUAUCAAGUACCAGCAAACUCAGUUUGCCGAUGUUUACAGUGCUCAGGAAGUUUACCAUUCCACUUACAUUACUGCUGGAAAUCAUCAUACUUGGAAAACGGUACCCGCUGAGCAUUAUCAUCAGUGUAUUUGCCAUCGUUCUUGGGGCUUUCAUAGCAGCUGGGUCUGAUCUGUCUUUUAAUCUAGAGGGCUACACCUUUGUAUUACUAAAUGACAUCUUCACAGCAGCAAAUGGAGUUUAUACAAAGCAGAAAAUGGAUCCAAAGGAGUUGGGAAAAUACGGUGUCCUUUUCUAUAACGCUUGUUUUAUGGUGGUUCCAACAGUUAUUAUUAGCUUUUCUACUGGAGACUUUCAGCAGGCAACACAUUUCCAGCACUGGACAAAUUUUUUAUUUGUCUUUCAAUUUCUUCUUUCCUGCUUGUUGGGGUUUCUUUUGAUGUAUUCUACUGUCCUAUGCAGUCAUUACAAUUCUGCACUUACGACAACAGUAGUUGGUGCCAUCAAGAAUAUAUCCAUCGCUUACAUCGGAAUGUUAAUUGGUGGAGAUUACAUAUUCUCUGUGUUGAACUUUAUAGGCCUAAAUAUUUGUAUGGCAGGAGGACUGAGAUACUCAUUUUUAACUUUAAGAGAAAACGGCAAGUCUACGCAAUCUGAGGAUGAAGAGAAUGCACUUCUCAAGUCAAAGUUCAAAUCAAAAGAAGUUUUUGGAAGACCUUGACAUGGAACCAGGAUGAUGUCAUGACUUGUAUCCCAGUUUGAAUUAAAAUACAGCAAAACCUGAAAGGCAUUAUGUGAUGUGUUACACUUGAAUGACCAGACUGGAUUAAAUCUAACAAACCAGAAGCUUCAGCGACUGCCUGUGCUGCCGACUGCCUGCAUGGAUUCGAAUGGAUUGCUUAGCAGCAGACUAACUGUAACGGAAUGAAAUGAAGAGAAAGUACAGUGGCUGUCAGAAGAAGCUUUCUAGCCAUACAAUGUGUAAUGUCCUGGCAGUGAUUCCUGUGAAAAGAUAAAAGGAAUACCUCGGGGAACAACAACAACAAAAAAAAAGUAGACUGGGCUGGAUGAAUAAUUCCUUGAAUUCAAAAGGACUGUUGUUUGUUUUUUUUUUUCUUUUUUUUUUCUUCUCGGAUCUCAGCCUGAUUUACAAGUAUUAGGCCCAGCACAACGUGUAUUUCAGACUUGUAACCAGUCUCUGGAAAAGAAAAUUGCAAGGGAGUGUAGGCAGAGCUGGAGGUGCAAAAGAGAAGACCUAUAGCUGUGGACUUUGUGAUUCUGUAGUCAAAAAAGGUGUUUUGGUUUGAUUUUUAAAAAUUUAUUUAAAGGAGGUAUUCAGCACCAUUGUUGCAUAUGAAAAGACAUAGCACAGCUUGUUCAGAUUUAAAGUUUUCCUUGAGUAGUGAAUGACUCUUUGGGGAAUUUGUGAUUGUAUGUAAAUAUUUAGGAGAAAUUUAGUAUUCAGACCGUUUUUAAGACUGGCCUUACCUGUGGAGUAAAAUGAGGUGUUAAGGUAUGGAAAACAGUAUGAAUUUUUAAGGGAGCUUAAAUAUCAGGAAACUGGAUUGUUGUUAAGAUAGAAUGUUUUUUAUAUCAUUUUGUUACAGUUAAUGUUACAUUCCUUGUGAUUCAGGCAUCAUCUCUUCUCUUUAAUUCAUCUGUGUACUGUGGUUUUCUGACCAAAGGUGUCAGUAAUGUGACAUUUGACAUACAUUGCUGCUCUUCAGUUGAAGAUUUCUGGGUGUCAGAGAUUCAGGUUAAAUUUUAAAGAUGCUUCAUAUUAAAUGUGAAGGAAUAUCAUUGAAAUAUAUACAUAAUUUUUAUUUUGCCUUAUCCUAAGUGUAUGUAUAACCAUCAGUGUUUCUCUUCUCCAGUUUAAGUUGGUCUUUGAAGUAUGAAUAAUAUUUCAAACUGCCACUGCAAAGAAGAGUAAAAGUUUCUGUGCCUUCCCUGAGAUUUUCCCUGCUAACAUU